GUAGAGACAACAAUGUCUGCCCUCUAGCUAUGUAUUUUCUAUAUAUCCGCAUUAUCAGGCUUCUCUAUGGGACUACCGCCCGUAUGCCCAGGGUGAUGAGGAUUUUUAAGAUCUAGUCCGACCGACGCAGAUUUACAAAGUUGAUGAUCUUAAACUUCCAUGGACACUCCCCGGGUGGGCUGGGCGGCCAGAAGCUGCUGCCAGCUCAGCUACGAAGCUGGGAGGAGACCACGCAGGGUAGGACAAGUCUGCUUUCCCUUGAAAACUUUGGUUUGGUUGGUAAGUGAUAGGAAUUAGCACACCAGUUUAUUUAAAUUUACUAGCUACGUUUCCAAACCUGUCCUGACGAGAGGUGAUGCUGGGAGUGGCUGGAAUGACGGGCAGCAUUGCUAAUGCCCUGGCCAGUGCAGCCUGUGAGCGAUGUAAGAGUGGCUUUGCUGCAACCGAGAAGAUUGUCAAUAGUAAUGGAGAGCUGUACCAUGAGCAGUGUUUUGUGUGUGCCCAGUGCUUCCAGCAGUUCCCAGAAGGACUCUUUUAUGAGUUUGAAGGAAGAAAAUAUUGUGAACAUGACUUUCAGAUGCUCUUUGCCCCUUGCUGUCACCAGUGUGGGGAGUUCAUCAUUGGCCGUGUCAUUAAGGCCAUGAACAACAGUUGGCACCCUGACUGCUUCUGCUGUGACAUUUGCCAGGCUGUGCUUGCAGAUGUGGGCUUUGUCAAAAAUGCUGGCAGGCACUUGUGUCGUCCGUGUCAUAACCGUGAGAAAGCUCGUGGCCUGGGCAAAUAUAUCUGCCAGAAGUGCCAUGCCAUCAUUGAAGAGCAGCCACUGAUCUUUAAGAAUGACCCCUAUCACCCAGACCACUUCAACUGCAACAAUUGUGGGAAGGAAUUGACAGCUGAAGCCAGGGAACUGAAGGGAGAGCUUUACUGUUUGCCCUGCCAUGACAAGAUGGGUGUCCCAAUCUGUGGUGCCUGUAGGAGACCCAUUGAGGGCCGUGUUGUCAAUGCCAUGGGCAAGCAGUGGCAUGUGGAGCAUUUUGUGUGCGCCAAGUGUGAGAAGCCUUUCCUGGGUCAUCGGCAUUAUGAGAGGAAGGGAUUGGCUUACUGUGAGACUCAUUAUAACCAGCUUUUCGGUGAUGUGUGCUACCACUGCAACCGUGUGAUUGAAGGUGAUGUGGUGUCUGCUCUCAACAAGGCCUGGUGUGUCAGUUGUUUCUCUUGCUCGACCUGCAACACAAAACUCACUCUCAAGAACAAGUUUGUUGAGUUUGACAUGAAGCCUGUUUGUAAAAAGUGUUAUGAGAAGUUUCCUCUGGAGCUGAAGAAGAGGCUGAAGAAGCUGGCUGAGUCCUUGGGCCGCAAGUGAGCUGCCUCUGUUCAGACAACUUUGACUUAUUCAAAUUCAGAUGUCUGUGGUGGUUCACUAUCUUGAACUGCUGCAUUUACGUGAUGACCCGGCAUUAUCGGUCAAUCAAUAUUAGUAAUUUAAAUCUGGCAUCUUAUUAAAAAAUAUAUGACUGUGGUGUUGGCAAAAAGAUGCCUGUUAGCAGAUGUUUAUAUUAUGCAAAUGUGUGGUGUUUUUUUUUGUUUUGUUUUUUUUUUAUACAUACAUUCCUAUAUUGUCCGCAUUUCUUAUUUGACCCCAGACAUUUGCUUUCCCGACGCAUUAUUUACUUUAUUAACUUUUGCUAACUGCUAUGCUGCUUAGUUUGACGAGACUUCUGUUCUGCGUUGUUUUGAAUUACACGGGUGCCUUGAACAUAUGAACUAUGUGUUUUAAAAUGCAAAUAAUGGUUAAAAUAUUACAUAGUUGUAAUAAAGUUAUGCCUUGAUAACCCUUUAAUUAGACAAAGUAUCUGUCUGAAAGCAGAUUUUCUUCCAGACUUCUCACCUUUGGAGUUUUUUUUUGUUUUUUUUUUAUACCUCUUACACUGUGCUUUCAGAUAUUGUAAUGAUGUCUUCUACCUAACAAUAAAAACAAACAGCAUGUUUCAAGAAAAAAAUUAAAAUGACCUAUCGGUGCAAAGCUCCACUGCAAACCACUGAGUGUUAAUGAAUCCACCUUUAGAUAUAUUGAUUUUUCCCACGAAUCAACUUGUGCUAAAUGCGUGUUAGAAAUCAGUAUGUAUUGUUUAGAGCGCCUUGUUUCUGGCGCCUAUUGUCUCUUUCCUAUCAGCCUGGCUUGACAGGUGAAUAUUUUAAUCAAAGAGCAACUCCAUGACAGUUUGUUCAGCUAGCUCCUUAAUCCCAAUGUUUUAGAACAGUAACAGUGAGAAAAUAUAAAAUCAGAGGGUGUCUUUUUUAAAGUUAAUUAUUGGUGUUAAGGCCUUCAGCAUGUACUGUAUGCUUUCAGCAUGAAUAAUGAAAUGGUACUGCUUGAACUGUAAAUUCCUUGGUUUUAGUAUCAUUUUUAGUAAGCAGUUCAAGGGAAUCUACAUACAUUUAACACUUUGAUGUUAAAAUAUCAUUAUGUGUCAGCAUAUUGCUUGGGGCUGUGAGAAGUGACACACAACAAUAAAUGACAUUUGCUUGGAUGUGCAUUUAUUAUGGAAAGCUUUUCCAAAUACAUUUUAUUUUCCAUUUUGUUUACAUUUGAAUCAUUUGCAAGCGAUGGAUGAUUUACUGCAGCACAUAUUCUGCAUGAGAAUUCCUUAAUGAACAAUAAAGUUUCCCCAAACACA